UUUUUUGCUCUGUUUUUGACAACUAUAAAUGCCCCCUUUCCUUCAUUGAACAACCUCCUUAGUCAUUCAAUUCACACAUAAGGGUUAUUAAGCUUUUUUUUGUUUGUUAAGAGACUCAACUGUGGAACAAAAAUGUAUGCUGAGACUGGGUUAAUGUACCCUUACUUUCAGACGUACCCUUCUGAAAUUCAACACUUUGAAGAUUUCUAUUGCUCACAUGAACCAAAUGCAUCAAUGGGAUCAACCAUAUCAGAGUAUGACCUCGGGGGAGAAGGGGAUCUCUUUAAAGCUCCACAACCAUUUCUUGAACUACCAUUGAUGGGCCUUGAUCCUAUGACUGCUGCUAUUUCUAUGAUAUCUUGUUCGGAAGAUGCCAUCUCCCCCCAAGGACUCAAAGUUUUGGAUCUAGAAACUUCAUUUGAGAAUGAACAACUCCUGAGUGAAGUUUUCUAUGAAUGCAAAAAAGAUCUAUUUGAAAAAGAUGCAAUUGAUAUACCGCUCUCUGAAGUCUUGGACAUGAAAAUUCCUAUUGUGAAGGCUGAUGGAAGCCUUACUGCAGAUGAAAACUUGGUUUCUGAGGGAUCCUUCCAGAAAAGUAUUAGUUCAGGGUGUCUAAGCUCCAUGGAGUGGAUACAUGGGGCUCCAAUGAGGCCAAAUUUUAUAGAUUUUGGUGGAAUGGACUUUGGAGCUGUUUAUGGUAUGCGACGAUCAUUCAGUGAAGGAGACAUAAAGACUCUGGGCAAUGGCAACAUAAAUGUGAUCCAUUCUCCACGGGGUCAACCACAGAUUUGUGGAACUUCCACUUCUGAUGUUCGCAAGGAACAGCUCUCCAGAUACCGGAAUAAGAAGAACAAAAGGAAUUUUGGCAGAAAAAUUAAGUAUGCUUGCAGGAAGGCAUUGGCUGAUAGUCAACCAAGGAUCCGUGGAAGGUUUGCAAAAACUGAAGAACUGGAUAUAUUGAAGAAGCAUUAACAGUUAACUGUGGAAGAAAUAUGUAGUAAGGUAGUAAUGGGGACUGCUGAUAUUAGCUUUUAGAAUAGGAUCUGCUCAAAUAAGCUGGGGAUCCAUCCAACAUGUUGCAAGUUUGUUAAAUCUUUGGGUAGUGGCAAUAAUCUUUGUAGAUUAGACAAACCAACUAGUCUUGUAUAUAGUGUUUGUUAAAUAAAACUCAGUAACUUGUUAUUAUUAA